GUCGCUACAGAUAUGAGAUAGCUUGGAGCUUGAAAGAACAGUGCAAGACGAAUCCAGCAGGCAGCAACUAGUACUAGAAAUUACCCACCAAAUCAGGACCUAUAUAUGCUCUGAUCAGAGAGAAUCUCCACAAUUCUGAACCAAAAUCAGAUACGGUUCCAGCUACCUUGGUCUGAAUUGAAGCCCCACGGAUGUCAUGCUUCAAGCUGCCCAUGGCAGCAGCUUCUGUUUACUACACCCACAAGCCCGGCGGUGGCUGCCACCGGAGCCUGACCAAAUGGGUCCGCACCAGCACCGCCGCCGCCACCUCACUCGCCAAACUAAAGCCCAGACCGAAACCCUACGUGGCCCUAAAUAUCUACAACAACAACAGCGAGCGAAGAAUACCGGUUAUUUAUAAACAUGGGUGGAGGAUAGUCCCGUGCGCACCCCUCACACCCUCGGCGCACGAUAAGGAACUCCCUAAAGUGCUUGGGUUUCGUGGCCUCCACCACAAGCAUUGCCUCGCUUCCUCUUCAGGUACGUCUAGCUCCGAAGAGAAAGAAGGAUUUUCGGGCUCUGGGUCGGGUCUCGUGGCGGAUAUGGGUUCCGAGAGCAAAAAGAACCACCACGAUUUGGUCCAACCGCCCUCGUCAAUGCAAAACCAACAAAAACGACAGCAACGGCCUUCGAAAUUGCUCACGUUGCCUACAAUGUUAACGCUAGCCCGCGUCGCCGCAGUGCCGCUUCUCGUAAGCACCUUCUACGUCGAUGGUUGGUGGGGAACAACUGCUACGACGAGUAUCUUCAUCACUGCUGCAGUUACAGAUUGGCUUGAUGGCUAUCUUGCUCGGAAGAUGGAGCUAGGAUCUGAAUUUGGUGCAUUUCUAGAUCCAGUAGCUGAUAAGCUUAUGGUUGCCGCCACAUUGGUCUUGUUGUGUACUAGACCCUUGGAAGUUGCCAUGUUUGGGCAAGUGCCAUGGCUAUUGGCUGCACCUUCAAUUGCCAUAAUUGGUAGGGAGAUAACCAUGUCUGCAGUUAGAGAAUGGGCUGCUUCUCAAAAUAGUAAGCUUUUAGAGGCUGUUGCUGUAAAUAACUUGGGAAAGUGGAAAACAGCCACACAAAUGACAGCGCUAACCAUCCUCUUGGCUACCAGAGAUAGCAGUCUUGGAGGGCCAGGGAUUCUAGUAGCUUCUGGGGUUAUGUUGCUUUAUAUCUCAGCUGGACUUGCUGUAUGGUCAUUAGUUGUAUACGUGAGCAAGAUUUGGAGAGUAUUGCUGAGGUAGUGUUGUCAGGUUGCCGGCACGGUAUUCACUUAUAUAUACUCUUCAUCAAGAACUUGUUUAGAUGUGGGAACAGAACUUGAAGUUCUUCGCACACAACCCUGCUGAUGAUUAUCUACAGGCAUUGGUGCACUAUUCUUCAAAUAGGGGGAUGAAGAGCAAAGAUGUUCUGUGAAAAGUUCCUGCUCUUUAAAGUGGAUGUCAGUUAAAUAGUUUUGGAGGGGCGUAGACUGGGGAAUAGUGGGAUAUAGAUUGUGGAAUAACUUUUUACCCCCUUAUAGAUCUUCAUUAUUUUUUGCUUGGAGCCAAUGUUUGUUUUUAACACUGACUUGUAAGAUGCUGUAUCUCUGAGGCUAUGGUUGGAGGAUUUAGCAGUA